ACUCAUCCCUCCACCAGCUUCAUCCCUCCAUCAGCUUCAUCCCUCCAUCAGCUUCAUCCCUCCAUCAUCAAGUAGUGAAGACAUGAUGACAUCCUCGUCCAUGCGGAAUUUCUCGAUCGGCAGACAGCCGUCCUUCUCCAACUUGUCUCUGAGAGACAGCGGCCGUGGCCGAACCAAAGCAGCCGUCUCGUUCUCCGCGGCCAAGCCCCUCUCCCGUGCUUCCUCCAUGAGCCUGGCCGACCUGAACAGCCUCUCCAACCUGUCGCUCAACGGCCUGGGCAACAGCACCAACGAGAAGGAAGCCAUGCAGAGCCUCAACAGCCGUCUGGCCAACUACCUGGAGAAAGUGCGCUCUCUGGAGAAGUCCAACGCCGACCUCGAGCUCCGCAUCAAGCAGCUCAUGCUGGAGAGGGUUCCCAAAGGCCAUGACAUAGACACCAUGUUGUCUCAGGCUCACGCUCUGGAGCACGAGGUCAGGAAAAGGACUCUGGAGAACGCUCGCAUCAUGCUGGAGAUUGACAACGCCAAGCUGGCUGCAGACGAUUUCAGAAUCAAAUGGGAAACUGAGAGUGCUAUGUGUCAGUCAGUGGAGAGGGAUUGUGUGGCUCUGAAAAGGGCCAAGACAGACCAUGAUCAGAUCAUCGCUACGCUACGAGGAGACCUGGACAGCCUGAAAGAGGAGCUCUACUUCCUCAAGAAAAACCAUGAGGAGGAGUUGGACAGCCUGCGGGCACGGGUAGCCCAGGAGGACGUCAAUGUGGAGGUGGAUGCCGCUCGUGGUCCCGAACUCGGAUCGGUGCUGUCCGAACUCCGAUCUCAGUACGAAGGCAUCGUUCGGAAGAACAAAGAAGAGGCGGAGGACUGGUACCGCAAAAAGCUGGAGGUGGUGCAGACAGAGGUGCGCGAGAGCAACGAGGCACUGCGAGGGGCUCAGAGCGAACUCACCGAGAGGCAGCGCUUCCUGCAGACCCUCGAGGUGGAACUGGAGAGCCUCCACAAACAGGUCGCCGCCCUGGAGGGGAACCUGGGCGAAACGGGUCAGAAGUAUGCUAUGGAGAUGGAGCGCCUGCAGGCCACGCUGACCCAGCUGGAGGAGGAUCUCUCUCAGCUUCGGCUCGACAUGCAGCGCAAUAAGACCGACUACGAGCAGCUCCUGCGCAUCAAACAGAACCUGGAGCUGGAGAUCGCCACCUACAGGCGCCUGCUGGAAGGAGAGGAAGCUGUUAAAGAAGUCCUUCCACCUCCUAAGAAAGAGCCUGAUGUUCGCACCAGGAAGAUCGUCAAGGUGGUCACUCAAACCAUGAUCAACGGGAAAGUGGUGGACGAAUCCAGCGAGGUCGAACAAAUCGAAGAGUCCAAGAAGUGAGAAUCGGGCUCCAAAAUAAAGCUCCCAUUGUUUGUAACACAUUAACCCCCCCCCCCCCCACAGGGAGGCCCCGUGAAGGACUCUCGCGUUUCGGUUUCAGACCCAUCAAAGCCUUUCAGACAGAUCAUCUUUCCUGCCUCUUUCUCCAGCUACACAAAGAGGCCACAUUGCUAGAGUAGACAGAUAUCUGCUUCGGCGCUGUACACGGGAUAAAUCCUUCCUUUGUUCUUUAGUGUUUUUAUCGAAAAGAAACAUCCUUUUAUUAUUUUCUCAUUUUUCCUGCUUGCUUGCAACUUGAGCGUUUCUUCUAGGAUUAGGAAAGCAGCAUGAAAGUAGCACUCUGUGAUCUGUAAACAAUGUAAACGACCGAUAGCGUAACGAAUAAAACAAACGGAAAUAAAAUACCGCGUUCACAUCUAGUCAUUGGUGUUUUUCCUCAUUUCGUAAUGCCGUUUGGGUUGGAUAACGCUCCAGGAGUUAAAUAACGUACAUAACACGUGAUGUUUGAAAGACGAUGGGAAUUACACCACUGAAGAAAAUAUUCCCCGAUGCUCAAGCAGCUUAACGAAACAAUUUAAAGAGCAUCCUCAUGACCCCUCUUUAUGUACAUGUGCUCUGUUUAACCUUCAAAUCCCAUC